AUGAUGAGAAGACUUAGAUUGUCUUCAUAUCUUUUAAUAAACCCUAAUUAUGGUUUUAUAAAAUUAUUAUCAACAUAUUUUUUAAUAAUUAUUAUUAUAUUAACGCAAAUAUCUUUUAUAUUAUCAGAAGAAAUAUUACAAAAUAAAAAAAAUAAUACUAUAGAAAAUAAUGGUAAAAAUAAUGAGACACUUUCGGAAGAUUUUCUUAAAGAAGAAGAUUUUUUAGCAGCAUUAAAACCAUUAGAAGAUGAUCCUGAUGUAACAUUUUUAACUAAUGAUGAUUUUAAUAAUGCAAAAAAUAUUAAUACUAACAAAGAUAAAAAAAAUCAUAUAUUAGGAAAACAAAAAUUUUUUCAUGGUGAUAUAAGAGGUAAAGCUGCAUGGACAAAUAGUCAGAAAGAUGGUAUACGUAGAAAUGGUGUUAUAAGUAUAAUAAAAAAAUGGCCUAAUGGAAGGAUACCAUAUAUUAUAAGUAGUCAAUAUACAGUUGCUGAAAGAGCUGUUUUAGCAAAAGCUAUACAAGAAUAUCAUACAAGAACAUGUAUUAGAUUUGUUCCAAAAACUUCUAGUGAUUCUGACUAUUUAUAUAUUGGAAAAAUAGAUGGAUGUUUUUCUGAUGUUGGAAGAGCAGGAGGUAGACAAGAAUUAUCAUUAGAUAAUGGAUGUUUACAAUAUGACACAGCAAUUCAUGAAUUAAUGCAUUCUGUUGGAUUUUAUCAUGAACAUGAAAGAUGGGAUAGAGAUAAUUAUAUUUCAAUUUUAUGGAAUAAUAUUGAUAGAGAAGCAUAUGAUCAAUUUGGAAAAGUAGAUCUAACAGAAUCAUCAUAUUAUGGACAACCAUAUGAUUAUAGAAGUAUUUUGCAUUAUGAUUCAAUGGCAUUCUCUAAAAAUGGUUUUGAAACAUUAGUUGCAAAGACAAGUGGAAUGACACCAAUAAUGGGUUCAGCAUUAGAUUUUAGUAGUAGAGAUUUAUAUAAAAUAAAUAAAAUGUAUAAAUGUAAUGAAUUUUUUAAAGAAACAGAUAAAACAAAUAUAUUAAAUAAAGAACAAUUUAAUAGAUUUGGUAUAUAUAAUAAUAUUAAUGGACCAAUGACAUUUCCACCUAUUCCUAUACAACCAAUUGGAACUACAAAAGUACCAUUCUCAACAAUUAAUACUAUAUCACCAUAUACACCACUUGUUACUUUAAGACCAAUUGAUGGAUUAUCUAUAUAUAAUAAUAAUGGUGAUGAAAAAUGUGUUGAUAAGACAAAUUUAUGUUGGAGAUGGAUUGAUAGAUGUACAUCAUUUUUUUUUAAAAAAGUUAUGGAAGAAUUUUGUCCAGCAUCAUGUGGAUUUUGUACUCCAAAAAAAAAUAAAAUUCGCAAGGCAAAAAAACUCACAAAACACGGGUCAUUAAUAUCAGAUUUUUAUUUAAAUGACCAAGAAAAUAAAAUAAAUAAAAAAGAGGAAGAAAAUUUAUUACAAAAUAUUGGUAAACCUUUUUAUCAAAGAUUUGGUUAG